AUGUCUGCCCUAGUUCUUGGUAAGAGAUCCAACUCCUUCUUUGAGGAGCUGCAUCAUCACUCACCUUCGUCUCCGUCGUCUUCGUCUCCCUUUGAUACCUCUUUGGCGAAGCGCGUUCGUCGUUCCUCUUCUUCUUCUUCUUCUUCUUCUUCUCCUACUCGCAUCCGCUUCUCGCCUCCCCGGCCUUCGUUGCAGUCUCCGCAAGUCUUGGUCAGUAGCAGCGGGUUUAACUCUGAGAUUCUUGAUCGUUUGAGGUCUCUUUUCCCUGAUAUGGAUCACCAGAUUCUUCAAAGAGCACUGGAAGCAGCUGGCAAUGACUUGGAUUCUGCCAUAAAGAGCUUGAAUAAUCUUCAUUUAAAGGCAGUAAAGGUAAAGUUACCAUCUGCCUUGGGUGGAUCAGUUCCUGAGUCUGAACCUAGUAUUGAACCACCAAAUGAAGGACAUUUUUAA